UGAAUUUUGUUUUUGACAAUCAUUCAAUACUGUGUGUUUGUGUACGUGAAUAAUAAAUUGUGUAUGUGUGUGAAUGUGAGUUUUAUGGUUUUCUGUUUCAUCUGAAUAUCCUGACAUAAUCGAAUCAUCUAAAAAAAACAAACGAAAAAAUGGCAACAACAACAAAAACAACUUCAACAACAUCGACGAAUGGAUCAUCAUCAUCAUUGAAACCAUUCGUUCGAAUCAUUGAACAACCAGCUAAAUGUGCUAUUCGAUUUCGUUAUGAAUGUGAAGGCCGUUCGGCUGGUUCAAUACCCGGUGUGAAUGCAACACCGGAAAAUAAAACAUUCCCGACAAUACAAGUGUGUAAUUAUCAUGGUAAAGCCGUUGUGGUUGUAUCCUGUGUAACAAAAGAACCACCAUAUCGACCACAUCCACAUAAUCUAGUUGGAAAAGAAGGCUGUAAAAAAGGUGUAUGCACUUUGGUCAUCGAUAAUAAUGCCGAAAUGACCUGUACAUUUACAUCGUUGGGUAUUCAAUGUGUGAAACGUAAUAAAAUUGAAGAAAGUUUAAAACUGAGAGAAAUGAUCAAAGUGGAUCCAUUUCGCACUGGUUUUGCUCAUCGUACACAAGCUUCAUCUAUCGAUCUCAAUUGUUUAAGACUUUGUUUUCAGGUGUUUGUCGAAGGACCUGAAAAAGGAAAGUUUACCGUACAACUUCCACCAGUAGUUUCGGAUGCAAUCUAUGAUAAAAAAGCAAUGGCUGAAUUAAUUAUCGUUAAAUUAUCACAUUAUUCAGCUCCGUGUACUGGUGGUAAAGAAAUUAUUCUGUUAUGUGAUCGUGUAGCCAAAGAUGAUAUUCAAGUAAGAUUCGUACAGGAAGGCAAUAAUCAACAAGGAAUCAUUUGGGAAGCAUAUGGAGAAUUUCUUGCCAACGAUGUCCAUAAACAGGUUGCCAUUUCAUUACGUACGCCGAAAUAUUUUGAUGAAAACAUUUCGCAACCAGUCACGAUUAAUAUACAAUUGCGGCGUCCAUCCGAUGGUUGUUUAUCGCUGCCACGUUCGUUUCAAAUUACACCAAGAGAACUUGAUCCAGAUGGAUUGGUUAGAAAGCGGCAUAAAAGAUUAAAAGAAGAAAAUUAUGAUCUACUGCAGGAAUAUAUUCAGCUAGCUUCCAGGCAACAACAACAACCACAACAGAAAUCAUCACCACAACAUCAACCAUCAUCGAAAUUGUUAACCACAAUUCCAACCACAUCUUCUAACGCUGUUCCGCCAUCAACUGGAAUUGCGAUUAAAAGAGAAAUGUCACCGGGACCUGCCGCUAUGCAAUCAUCGUCAUCGUACUCUGCAACUUCAUCAACAGCUGCUGAACAACAACAAUUUCAAUUUAUUCAUCAUCAUUCAUCAUCACCUCAAUAUGUUAUGUCGGAUUCAUCGAUGAGUCCAUCAUCAAGACCACCAUCACAAUAUCAAUAUCAAGAUCAUCAAAGUUCCAAUCAUGUAAUAUUACCAACAGCAUAUAAUACCUCAUCAUCACCUUCCAAUUCGUAUGAAGCAACACCGAUAACUAAUCAACAUCAUCAACUUUUACAUCAUCAUCAUCAUCAUCCACAAUCUACUCAGCAAUCAUCAUCGUCUUCGAUGGCCUAUGCAUUGGCCGCAGCAGCAGCAGCUUUGGUCAACAAUGGUGGUGGUACAUCGGGACAAUCUCCAUCACAAUUCCAUCAUCAACAGAAAUCAUCACCUAAUCAUCAUUCUUCUUCAUCACCAGUAACCACACAUCAACAUCUUCAGCAACAACAACAGCAAGAAAUUCCAAAUGAAGUAAUGGAAAGAUUUGAUUCACUUGAUAUUGAUUCAUCGGAAUUGAUACCUGAUUUAGAUUUCAAUUCAAAUACAAUGCUUUCGUUAAUGAUGGAUACAUCAUCAGGUUUAUCACUUAAUCUUAGUGAUAGUUUCAAUGAUAUAACUAACAACAACAACGCCAUGAUCAAUGGUAAUAAUAAUAGUAGUGCGAUAUUAGCACACAGCAAUAAUGAUGAAUUAUCCACAACAUCAGCAAAUCGUAAUAAUAAAUUGAAAUUA